AUGGCAUCGUUGAAAGUGUUUGUAGUCUUGCUCUUUGGAAUAGUUGUUGUUAACCUUAGCUUCUGGUAUAGCGCAGCUGAAAAAGAGUAUAUAGAAGUACCUUUGGUGUUUGGCUGGAUUGAAAAGCCGCCGUAUGCAGUACCACCAACCAAUGAAUCUGUCGAUAAUGAAGCCCAUGGAUUAAUCCGCGACGCCGUGUUAAGGUAUAUUGUAGUGGAGUGCGGAUAUUCUAUCAAGCUGGCAUAUCAAGUGUCCACCACGAAAUUCGAAAGCGAAUUUGAACUGUUGCAACAAUUACGGCAGAACAUAGUACACAUUGCCUUACCAAUAUUUGAGGAUGCCAAUAAUCGUAAACACAGUGAAUUUACCUUCUUCAAACUUGAUGAUUAUCCGGGAACAGAAUUUAUCACUACUGAGGAUGACACUACCGCGCUUACAGUUGUAAUGGAUUCUGUUUUGAAGUCCUGGCCUUUGCUUGCUGUCACACUUGUACUUACAGCUAUUGCUGGAAUUAUCAUGUGGGCUUUGGUAAGCGGCUGUUUAUAUAGGAAAGUAGACACCUACAAUAGAACCUGCUGUAAACGCACAGCAACAUUUAGAGAAAACAGGCAAAUACAAUUCAAGUUCUAAGUGUUAAAUCAGUGCUUAAUAUCAGUAAUAUCGUCAUUACCUUAGUGUUAGAUAAAGGAAUUGCCAAACAACCAGAGGUGUUUGACUCCCUAGGAAUUGAUAAAUUGAGACCUUCCUCCAGUCCUGGCGUAUUUUUCUUCAUUAUAAGAAAAAUUAGCCUUAAAAUGUUUAACAAUCAUUCCUCGAGCCCGAAUGGGCUCUGAGUCAAUAGCCCAAGAGACCGAAGGCCGAAUGGGCUAUUGACUCGAAGGCCAUAAGGGCGAGAGGAAUAAUUGUUUUAGUAAAAUCCAACUAAUUACUCAAAAAAAUAGAGAAUAAAAAACUUUUAGCUAGUUAAAGCUAGACUUUAAUCCUUUUUUGCCGCCAAAAAGCUCGCGCUUUUUGCUGCUAGUGGGCUAUAACAUAUAGCCUACUAGUAGCUCAACCAAUCAGAACGCAGCAUUGAUAAUAGACCACUAGUUGGAUUUUACUAAUACGUACAUGUAGUAUAAGCAGUCUGUUUCCGUAACGUAUUCAUGAGCGCUCCAAUCACUCUAGCUAGUCUACAGUUAGCCUGAUUGAAAAGGCGAAAGAAGUAGUUGUUGGAACAGCAAGCAAAUGGUUUAAACGUGAAAUGCAAUCUUCUUAUAAGAUUGUUACAUGUACUACAGCGUCAGAAACCUGCAAUUGCAUGCUGAGAUGAAAGCAUCUACUCGAUUUUUCCAAGAUAACCUAUUCUCCAUAUUUUCGAUCUUUUUUUUUCUUCUAUACAGGACACGUACUGGAAUAGUGAAGAGUUUCCUCGCUCAUUUAUCAAAGGAUCAUGGAAUGGAUUCUGGUGGUCUUUCAUUUCUAUGACCACAGUAGGGUAGGAAAAUUUAGGGAUCUCAAAAGACUCCAGGGAAAAUUUUAUAUAUGGUGACGGGUUUGUAAUACAGAUAUCUCUAGAGGGAAGAGGUGAAUCAGCCGAGGAUAUUCCGACUUACGGAAGCCAAUCAAAACGUGCGAAACUUGCCAUUCUCUGACUGAUUUAGUAAAGACUAAAAGUGAUUGUUCAGUUCUGAACUGCGGGAAGGUUUUAUUUGCAUUGGGGUAAUAGAAACUCAGUACCUAAAAAAAUGGAAUUGAGUAUCUUAAAGGACCAAAUAAAGAAACCGUAGGAUGAAACAUCUAGUACUUCUUUCAGGAAUUUUGGUACUAAUUUGUUGCAUCGUCUCCUUUAAUUGGCCCUUGAAACCAUCCCGAAAAUGUUUGAUGUUAUAAUCAAUUUUAUAGCUGAAUAAUUUAGACUAUCUAAUCGAUAUCACCAUUUAUCAAGACGUGAUGAGGGUAUAUUUUCGUCUAUUACCCGCUCUUGUUUCAUUGACAUUGUCUUACAAUAUAGAAAUUACAGAGGACGGGAAGAUAACGACUUCCCUCUCUAGUCCUUUCGACCAUGAUCCAGAAGUCCCAACACGUAAUACAGCCCUAAAAGGUGAUAAUCAUUCUAGGCUGGCUAUUGUGAGUGGCUUUGUUAUUCCACCUAUUAGAAUCAUUUUAUUUAUCUAUGUAACAGCUACGGGGACAAAUCUCCCAAGUCGAUUGUUGCGCGGAUUUUCUCCAUCAUCUGGAUUAUGUUAGGACUUAUCGCAAUGGCAAUAUUCACAGCUAAUGUGACUUCAGCUUUGACAGCAGCCUCACUGGAAGUGAAAUUAAAUAGCCUUGAGGGGUACAAGGUAUUUUAAGUCAAUUAUGUUUUAGCACUUAACAAAAAAAAGGAUCCAUAAGACUUCAGCAAAGACUUAAUAAUAUGGGACUGUUACUAGGGAAGCCAAUAGCCGACCGGCACUUCCUCGGUAACUAUCCCAACUAUCCCAAAAACAAUUGAGGGACGCAUUUCGCAGUAGGGAACUUAAGAACCACUACGACGACCGGAAGUGAGUUACAGUGUACUGCGUAAGCGCGACCAGUAAAUUUCGUCGUCGUGCUGUCGUCGACGACGCCAAACGAAGUAGAAUCACGUCGUACUGCAAUCCACAAGCUUCGGCAGAUAUAAAUCCACUGUUUUAAGCGAUUUUUGAAUUCCUCAUCAUUUUCUUACUUAUCCUCGUAAAUCCAGGUAUCGUUCCUUUUUUCUCCUAACAAGCGAUGUUGAUUGAAAAUUCGACUAGUGAAUUGUUUUCACUUCGAAGAAUGACAACAGCUGUGGAGGCCGAGCGAGCGAACUCGUAAGUGAUAAAUUCAUUUGUACGUAUUUAUGUAAGGCAAAUCAUUUAUCUUUAAUAUGGAGGAAAUAAAUUAUAUAUGGAAAACAGCUAUCACAUCAGAAUGUCUCUUUUUCCAAAUCUAAACUCUGACAGACACUCGGACUCGGUCAUCUCAUUCAGAUUGAAAGUUGAAUAAUCUUCGUACGGAAAGCAGGUGUUUUUCCACAUGAAAAGGUCAGACAACACAAAAAAUUCUUCAUCGUCAAUGGAAUUAGACGUACGGCUUAAAAAAUAACAUCUUGCAUUGUUUUAAAAGACGCAAUUGCGAAAAACUUUGUUGCGAGCGAACAUCACAGUUUUACAUUUGUGUUUACAUUCAGUGUCGUCGUCACCGACCUACCGGCCGACUACAUCUUAAGUUUCCUUAAUCCCGCCGAAACUGACGUUCUCGUUCCAGUCUUUUCCCAGUCAACAAACGUCGUCGUCGUGAUCGAACUUCGUCGUGGUUCUUAAGUUCCUUAAUGAGUCACAUCACAUUUAUUUUACAGUCUUAAACGUAUCAGGUUUGUGUGACUCAAGUUUGGUACAAGAAUGCCAAUUUGAGUAGGUUGGGGGAUGUCGACUCCCGUAUGAAAGUGAGCAAAUUAGAAUUAAACUCGUCCUGGUUUGUCUAGCACCGAGCAUUUUCCCUGACAUGACUUUUUUCAUCGGUUAAUGUUCUUGGCCAAUUUUUGAUGGCACUAAAAUCAAGCCACUUUCUACAACUUAAACUUACGAUUAGUCGGUCUUUAUUCUCUCUUGCGGAACUUUAAUAGCACAAGACAAAAAAGGAGGCUCGAAAUUGCAAAAACUGCGGACGGAGAUAGAUCAAAGUUGAUUACUACUGGGAUUUUGUUGAAAAGAGUUCAGCUUUCAUUUCAUCAUCGAAGCUUAUCUAUAAUGUUAACAAACUGGGAAAAUGGCUGUCGUGAAGCUGUGAUUUUGUCAUUUGGAAGUUGCUUCUUCACGCAAACCGCCCGGUUAAUAAGUUACCGGUCUAUGAGUAAAAAGUUUCGUGUUUGCUUUAGAUUGCAGUGUUAGGCAACGGAACAGAAUAUGAUCAUGCGCUGAGUGAACACGCUGAACCAAAAGGUACUUGGACAGAUUUGGUGAAUAUUUUUAUACAUAAUUAUAUCACAGGUAGCCCAAGCUUACUAUGAGAGCCCUGAACAACGUUGGCCCUGGGGAAGGCUAGUUUUGUUAGCCGAAAUAUUGGCCUAUAAUAAAGCAACCGUUUGCCGUAGUGCCAGCCCUGCAUUUAGUUUUGUGACAUUAUCCUACUUAGCUAACUAAUUAUUCAUACGGCAACAAUUGUAAAACGUUGUAUGAGAAUUACCUUAUUUCUCCAUAAUAGAGCGAAACGUGCAUUAAAUUUUCCCUUUUGAGCUUGCAUUUUGUAUUUCCUUAUGUUUAUUUGUAUGUUGACUGUGUUUCAGGCCUCUUAGGCACUGUUUAAUGCCUUUUUUCGAGCAACAGUCUCUACUGAAAAACUGUCGCUCGAAAAAAGGCGUUAAGCAGUGCCUGGGAGGUCUGAAAUGCAGUCAGAACGCGAAAAACAAAAACAAGAAAAAGCUUAAGGUGAGCUUCAAUGCGAUAUUCAAUACACAUUUUGCUAAUUUAGUUAGCAAACUGAAUAUUUCUCAUAGAACGUCUUAUAAUUUUCUUUCUGUAUGAAUAAUUAAUUGCCUUAGUAAGGUAGUGUUGUUCUUGGGUUCUUGGCUAGCCAGAGAAAACAGCCGACAUCUGGCGACGCUAUCACUGGUUUCCCCGCCAAAUGACGGCUGAGAGUUAAACGAGCGCAGAAAUUCCAUACUGAUGACGCGUCACUUCCCAGAUCUGGGUAGUGCUUUUGAUUGGUCGUGCCGCGUAAGAAAUUUGAUUCAACCAAUCAGAAGCACUACCCUGAUCUAGGUAGUGACGUGUCAUCAGUAUGGAAUUUCUGCGCUCGUUUCUCAGACGUCAUUUGGCGGGGAAAGCAGUGGUAGCGUCGCCAAAUGUCGGCUGUUUUCUCACGCUAGUUCUUGGCAUCCUAAGAGCCCUGAAACGUAUUCCAGACACAAAUAAACAUAAAAAAAUACAAAAUGCAAGCUCAAAAGAAAAAAAAAAUUAAUGCACGUUUCGCUCAAUUAUGGAGAAAUAGGGUAAUUCUCACACAACGUCUUACAAUUGUUGCCGUAUGAAUAAUUAAUUAGCUAAGUAGGAUAAUGUUGUUCAGAGCUCUCAUAGUGAGCUUGGGCUCUACCUGUGAAUUUGACACCACUAUCAUCAGCGGCAGUGCUAAUUGUAGAUUAAAGUGGAUGUUCACAGAGAUGUCUCAUGAACAUACAGAAGUACAGACGUACAGUUGACGCUCCAUCGUGAUAUGUCUGUCAUAUUUUUGUCAAAAUGGAUGGUCGCUUUUCAGGUUUUUACACUAGCAGUAUCGGCAAUAUUAAACAUAAUUUCAGUUGAGUGAAUAAAUAAUGAAAAGCAGCAAAAACAUAUCAUCUUUUAAACAAAUGUCUGCGAUACAAUGAUACAACUUGAAAAGUAAGCCUGGCACUUCCAAUUUAUAAAAAUAGUAAUUUUAGUUCCUUAAUGUCUCCGUUAAUUUCGGAAACCUAUAAAUGAUUUCACCUUGCACUUAAAAUUAAGCACUUUUAAAUUUUAACUCAGCGUGAAUAAAUAUUUUUAAAUUUCUAGAAUACCAAAGAAUAGAAGACAUGCAACAAGCAGUGAAUGCCCAAGAAGUCGAUGGAAUGAUGUUGGACCACUACACAGCUGCGUAUUACCAGAGAAGAGAUAAACUCUCGAGAUCACUCAUCACUGUAAAGACGUUUGACCUUCGCAGGGAAGUAGGAGUGCUCUUUUCUAAGGACAGAGAAUUCAUUGCCGGCUGCUUAGCGAUUCACCGUUCAAACAUUUGGAGACUUAUGCAAACGAUGACUGUAAAAUUUCAGGUGCUC